CGAAGUUGUCUCUAGAAACAAACCAAUCUUAAUAUGAAAAAUGUUAAGAGGGAAUAAGAAAAGUCGACGGACAUACAUAUGUUGUUGAAAGAGAAGAGAAUGUUUUGGCACGAUGUGGUGGUGCCAUUUGUUGGAGUUAGGCACGUAUUUGUCAUCAUUCCCCAUUCACCAAGAUGAUUCAUUUUCAACUCCUUAGAAAACGACCAUCACCAUUCAUUGCAAUGUAAGAAGAAGACCAAGAUCGUGGAAAUUCAAAUCUUCCUAAUUCCUUUUAAUUAUUUCCUUCUUCGUUUGCUUGAAGGAAGUAACGUGGAGAUUCCCUUUUCUUCCUUCUCACUUUCAUGCACUUAUUUGGCUUAUAAGUGCAAGAAGAAGCCAUUGCAUUGCAUUGGAGAGUCUCUCUUUGUUUCUCUCUCUCUCUCUCUCUCUCUCUCUCUCUCUCUCUCUCUCUCUCUCAAUCUCUGUCUGUAUGGGAAAGUCAACGGCGUGUUUGUUUGGUGCCAUUGUGAUCCUUUGGUGCUGCAUAAGCCAUGUCACAUCUGAUGCAUCGGAUCACCGUUACAACAAAGGAGAUUCCGUUCCCUUUUAUGCCAACAAGGUGGGACCCUUUCACAAUCCCAGUGAGACAUACAGAUAUUUUGAUCUUCCCUUUUGCUCACCAGAUAAAGUGAAAGAAAAGAAGGAAGAUCUUGGUGAAGUUUUGAACGGGGAUCGAUUAGUUGUUGCUCCUUACGAACUGGACUUCCAGAUUGACAGGGAACCUCAAAGUAUCUGCAAAAAGACACUUACAGUAAAUGAGGUGGCUAAAUUCAGACAUGCUGUCUUGAAGGACUAUUUUUACCAAAUGUACUAUGAUGACUUGCCCAUUUGGGGUUUCCUAGGAAAAUUUGACAGUGAAGACAAGGAUGAUCCAACUGGGGUCAGAGUCCAUCUUUUCAAGCAUGUCCACUUUGAGAUUCUGUACAAUAAGGAUCGCAUCAUUGAUGUUUUCAUUCGAAACGAUCCACGUGCAGUUGUGGACCUGACACAAAAUAGGGAAGUUAAUGUGGAUUUCACAUAUUCUGCCAAAUGGAUUGAAACAGAUACCCCAUUUGAGAAGAGGCUGGAGAAAUACUCACAAACAUCCUCACUGUCACAUAACUUGGAAAUCCAUUGGUUUUCUGUCAUCAACUCAUGUGUGACUGUUCUGCUCUUGACUGGAUUCCUGGCCAUAAUUCUUAUGCGUGUGCUCAAGAAUGAUUUUGUUAAGUUUACUCCUGAUGAGGAAGCAGUUGAUGAUCAGGAAGAAAGUGGAUGGAAGUAUAUCCAUGGUGAUGUGUUCAGGUAUCCAAGAUUCAAGUCUUGGUUUGCAGCCGCACUUGGAACAGGAACCCAGCUAUUUACACUUGCAAUAUUCAUCUUUAUGCUAGCUCUAGUUGGUGUUUUCUAUCCAUACAAUAGGGGAUCUUUGUUUACUGCACUGGUCAUCAUAUAUGCACUAACUUCCGGCAUUGCGGGCUACUAUGCAGCUUCCUUUUAUUACAUGGUUGAAGGCAAAAACUGGGUGAAAAUUUUGGUGUUGACUGGAAGUUUGUUCUCUGGACCUUUGUUUUUCACAUUCUGCUUUCUUAAUACUGUUGCACUUGCCUAUAACACCACUGCAGCGCUUCCAUUUGGAACAAUUGUGGUUAUUUUCCUCAUAUGGACUCUUGUAACCUCACCUUUACUAGUACUGGGAGGGAUUGCUGGCAAGAAUAGCCAAACAGGGUUCCAAGCUCCUUGCCGUACCAAUAAGUAUCCUAGGGAAAUUCCCCAACUACCUUGGUACCGUACAACUCUAUCUCAAAUGGCUAUGGCAGGUUUUUUGCCGUUCAGUGCCAUUUACAUUGAACUCUACUACAUAUUUGCCAGUGUGUGGGGUCACCAAAUUUACACCAUAUACAGUAUUUUGUUUAUUGUUUUCAUCAUCCUAUUGAUUGUCACCGCUUUUGUCACUGUGGCAUUGACAUACUUUCAGCUUGCUACCGAGGACCAUGAAUGGUGGUGGAGGUCUUUCCUUUGUGGUGGGUCAACUGGCUUGUUCAUCUAUGGGUACUGCUUGUAUUACUAUUUUGCAAGAUCAGAUAUGUCUGGCUUCAUGCAAACCUCUUUCUUUUUUGGCUACAUGGCUUGUAUUUGCUAUGGUUUCUUUCUCAUGCUUGGAACUGUGGGUUUCCGUGCUGCUUUGAUCUUUGUCCGUCACAUAUAUCAUUCUAUCAAAUGUGAAUAACUGCUUAUUGGAACCAAACAGACGCUUUAUUGUCCCUUUGACACCGGAACUUUUCCUCUGAUGUUCUUAGUUCUUGUUGCAAAUGGUUUGUCAUAAAAUAUAGUGGAGAAAGAUUUCAAGAGCCUGAAGUGCUUUACACAAGUGCCACACCCCAAAUUUCUCCCCGUGCUUCAUAUAAUCUCAGAACAUGUGCAACAAUAGUGUAACUCAAAAUCUCUUGGAAAUAUAGAAGCUUUUUGCAUACUUUCAAGUGUAUAGACUACUACCAGUGCUUCAUAUAUUCUAACAUAACAUGUAUGACGGUCGUGUAACGCAAAUUCUUAGAAUCAUAGAAGUUUUUUGCAUUAGAUUCAUGUUUGUUAUUAGCUUAUGAUAAGAACAUCAUAUUAUUUGCAUCCUAAAUUCCCAAUUCAUGAUUCUUUUGAAUUCGAUGCUACAUACCAACAUAUGCAAUAUCAAAAUAAUACCCCUCCACCUCUGAAGUUGUGCUUCUA